UAACAACCACUCGAGCCCUCGCCGCGCCCCUCGGCGCUCCCGCCCCGGCCCCCGUCCCCGGAACCGGCGGUCUAGCGGCGGCAGCCGAGCCUCUGGCACGGCUCUCUCCCCGCGGAGCCGCCGGCAUGAACGCAUCCCGCCGCCCCGUGUCCCCGACCCGGUCCUUUUGACAAGAGGAGUAAGAAGAUUGCUAUUGAAUUACAACCAUGGUGCAGAAAUACCAGUCCCCAGUGAGGGUGUAUAAGCACCCCUUUGAGUUAAUUAUGGCUGCCUAUGAGAGGAGGUUCCCUACAUGUCCUUUGAUCCCAAUGUUCGUGGACAGCGACACCGUGAGCGAAUUCAAGAGUGAAGAUGGGGCUAUUCAUGUCAUCGAGAGGCGCUGCAAGCUGGAUAUCGACGCUCCCAGGCUGCUGAAGAAGAUUGCAGGAGUCGAUUAUGUUUAUUUUGUCCAGAAAAACUCCCUGAAUUCUCGAGAGCGCACUUUGCACAUCGAGGCGCACAACGAGACGUUUUCUAACCGGGUCAUCAUCCACGAGCACUGCUGCUACACGGUUCACCCUGAGAACGAAGACUGGACCUGCUUCGAACAGUCUGCAAGUUUAGAUAUCAAAUCCUUCUUUGGUUUUGAAAGUACAGUAGAAAAAAUUGCCAUGAAACAAUAUACCAGCAACAUUAAAAAAGGGAAAGAAAUCAUUGAAUACUACCUGCGGCAGCUGGAGGAGGAGGGCAUCACCUUUGUGCCCCGGUGGACCCCGCCCUCUCUGCAGCCCUCGUCAGAAACACUGUCGUCAAGCAAGAGUCAAGCCACAUCUUCCGCUGUCCUUGUCCCAGAUGCUGCUGCCCUCAAGGAGGGGCUGAGUGGGGAAGGCAUCAGCAGCCCAGGCCCAGCAUCUGAGCCUGUGGUAGGAACCCCUGACGACAAGCUGGAUGCCGACUACAUCAAGAGAUAUUUGGGUGACCUGACCCCGCUCCAGGAGAGCUGCCUCAUCCGACUGCGCCAGUGGCUCCAGGAGACGCACAAGGGCAAAAUCCCGAAGGAUGAGCAUAUUCUCCGGUUUCUGCGUGCCCGGGAUUUUAAUAUUGACAAAGCCAGAGAGAUCAUGUGCCAGUCUCUAACUUGGCGGAAGCAGCACCAGGUGGAUUACAUCCUGGACACCUGGACUCCACCCCAGGUCCUUCAGGAUUACUACGCUGGAGGCUGGCAUCACCAUGACAAAGACGGGCGACCGCUGUAUGUGCUCAGACUGGGGCAGAUGGACACCAAGGGCUUGGUGCGAGCCCUCGGAGAGGAGGCCCUGCUGCGAUACGUUCUUUCCAUAAACGAAGAAGGCCUAAGACGAUGUGAAGAAAAUACCAAAGUCUUCGGCCGGCCGAUCAGCUCCUGGACCUGCCUGGUAGACCUUGAAGGACUGAACAUGCGCCAUCUGUGGAGACCUGGAGUCAAAGCUUUGCUGCGCAUCAUCGAGGUGGUGGAGGCCAACUACCCGGAGACGCUGGGCCGCCUGCUCAUCCUCCGAGCCCCCAGGGUCUUCCCUGUCCUCUGGACACUGGUUAGUCCAUUUAUUGACGACAACACAAGAAGGAAAUUCCUCAUUUAUGCGGGAAAUGACUACCAGGGCCCUGGAGGCCUGCUGGAUUACAUCGAUAAAGAGAUAAUUCCAGAUUUCCUGAGCGGGGAGUGCAUGUGUGAUGUACCAGAGGGUGGACUGGUCCCCAAAUCUCUGUACAGGACUGCAGAGGAGCUGGAAAAUGAGGAUCUGAAGCUCUGGACAGAGACCAUCUACCAGUCUGCCAGCGUGUUCAAAGGAGCCCCGCAUGAGAUUCUCAUUCAGAUUGUGGACGCCGCCUCAGUAAUCACCUGGGAUUUUGACGUGUGCAAAGGGGACAUUGUUUUUAAUAUUUAUCACUCCAAGAGGUCUCCCCAGCCACCCAAGAAGGACGCGCUGGGGGCCCACAGCAUCACCUCUCCGGGUGGGAACAACGUGCAGCUCAUAGACAAAGUGUGGCAGCUGGGCCGGGACUACAGCACGGUGGAGUCGCCGCUGAUCUGCAAAGAAGGAGAGAGUGUGCAGGGCUCCCAUGUGACCAGGUGGCCGGGUUUCUACAUCCUGCAGUGGAAGUUCCACAGCAUGCCAGCGUGUUCCGCCACCAACCUCCCCCGAGUGGACGACGUGCUGGCCUCCCUGCAGGUCUCCUCCCACAAGUGCAAAGUGAUGUACUACACAGAAGUGAUCGGGUCCGAGGAUUUCAGAGGCUCCAUGACCAGCCUGGAGUCCAGCCACAGUGGGUUCUCACAGCUGAGUGCCGCCACCACCUCCUCCAGCCAAUCACACUCCAGCUCCAUGAUUUCCAGCGAAUGACUUGUAUGACAUCCUGCAGAGACGAGCCGCCUCCUCCACGGAACUGAAGCUGCAGCAGGCAGCCCUUACACUGCGCCGGAGUCCUCGUGGCUCACUGUUAGUGGAGGUGGCCUGUGGAUUCAGGACAGCCCUUGAGGUCCCUUUCCUCUGAGGACUCAGCAGCCUACAGGAGCACCCGGUCCUGGGGUGGAGCCAGCCCACUCCUAAGCAGACACGCUGCCCAGGAGGGGCUCUCAGACUCCCGACAACACCGCCAUCAUUAAACAUUGCUUUCUUUUUCCUCCUCUUCAAAUCUUUUGAUAUUUUUCAGAGCAAAAUUUUUCUGUCCAUGAACUUGGGGAAGGGGAGGGUUCUAUUCUCCGCUGAAUGCUGUUUUUCCUCCCGCAGGUGGGCAGCUCUGUGCCCGCCAGUACCUAGGGUCCUCAGCCCUCAGCACCCAGGAUCCCUAGUCCUUAGCACCCACCCAGGGCCUUCAGCCCUCAGCACCCAGGGCCUUCAGCCCUCAGCACCCAGUGUCCUCAGCCCUCAGCACCCAGGGCCUUCAGCCCUCAGCACCCAGGAUCCUCAGCCCUCAGCACCCAGGGCCUUCAGCCCUCAGCACCCAGGGCCUUCAGCCCUCAGCACCCAGGGCCUUCAGCCCUCAGCACCCAGGGUCCUCAGCCCUCAGCACCCAGGAUCCUCAGCCCUCAGCACCCAGUGUCCUCAGCCCUCAGCACCCAGGGUCCCUACCCCCAUAGCUCCCAGGAUCCUCAGCUCUCAGCGGGUGUUGGAAGUAGUGGGUGACACUUCCUUCUGGAAGUGUGGCAAAAGAGACUCCAAGAAUGCUCUCCAGGGUGGCGCAUGGCUUGUAGUGGCCUUGGGCAUGUGAUGGGUGUUGGGGUGUGUGCAGGUGCCAUUUGUGUGCAUGAGGGACAGGGGGUGGGGUGGGGGAGCAUGGUGGGACUUAAUUUGUUUUAUCAGCAUUUUAUAGAAGCAGACCAGAGGCUGGCUGGCUUUGUCUUUUUCUUUCUGAUCCCCACUUCCCAAAGCCUGCUGUCUGAGCAGGCCCUGACUUCACAGCUUUUAUGGGAAAGCUUAUUGCUUACAGAGCUGUCUGGAAGUUGCAGGUGGCUGAUCUCCAUGAGAAGGGCCUGGGGUGUGUGUGUGUGUGUGUGUGUUAAACGUGUCUAAAGAUGGGUGCCAAACCCACAUGGCCGUGAAUGUGUACGACAGGUGUGGAAUCAUGUGUUGAUGCCGCUCGGAGGCAUAGAUGGAUGUCUGUGAGCUUUGUAGAGGCUGUGGCAUGUCAGCAAGCACGAGGAGAGUCUCCACAGCAGCCUGGCUUGGCCAGUGAGCCUGCUGGCUCCCAGCACUCGUGUUGCUGGCCUCUGUGGCCCUUCGCCAUGCAUUCCCUGUGCAUGGGGCAGCCAUUUCUAGACAGCAUAGUAGGGCUAUAGUUACUACGUCCACGCUGCUUCCAGUUAGGGCUUCCCAGCUCCAAGUUAAAGGACCUGAAGAUGGCCCUGCUCUCUCUUUCUCUCCUGUCUCCCUCUCCCUUUCCCUCUCUCUGUGUCUCAGAUGGCGAUUUUGCUGACAGCCUCCAAGAAAACGCUUCACGCGACAGUCCACAUGUGCCCAGAGAUGCUUGUGGGACUGUUUGAGUUGCAGCCAUGUCUCAGGCUGAAGAUCUGUCCCCUUAGUCCGUUCAGAAGUGGCCCUGCUCAGCGCCUCAGAACUGAGCUGAACGCAUGACCACACACUCACAGGCCUCUAGCCCCAGGCCACAGGGCACUGGCUGCCUUGGGAGGGUGACUGGGUGUGUGAGUGUGUGCCGUUCACGUGUCCUAAAAUGCUGCUGUCUCGCCCUCCCACCCAGUCCCAGCUCUCUGGGUUCUCCCUCUGUUACUAGUGUCUUAAUUCUCUCUCCUUCCUGAACCCACUAUUUGCAUAUCAGAUUCUGUAAAUGUUUUAUAAACAUAUUACCUCACUCUUGGUAAUACAAUAUUGAUAGUCUUUAAAAGAUUUUUUAUUGUUACAGUAAUAAAUGUGAACUGUUUAAGAGGA